CCUCCUACAAAUGAUGCUCAAACAUGGUGUUUUAGCAUGCAGCUCCGUAGAUUUUGAGACGCAACCUGUCACUCCUUUGUCAAUGGAGAAAACGGGAAUUUAGCAAGGCCGUGUUUUGAAAAUUUUAAGUAUAUUAUUGUUAAAUCGAGGAAUUUUAAUGUCAGUCGCAAAUGCAAAAAAGACGAUUCUCAAUCCGACUGUCCCCUUCACUGAGAUUAUACCGGGUGGUCUUCACCCAGGAGAGAUGAUUGUUAUACAUGGAUGUGUUCAUAAUGAUGCUGACAGGUUUCAGUUUGAUUUGACAUGUGGCUGCAGUUCAAAGCCACGGGCGAAUGUUGCCUUUCACUUCAAUCCUCGCUUCAGCAGCUCUCCGCAGAUUGUGUGCAACACUUUACAACACGAAAACUGGGGAAAAGAAGAAAAUAUGGACCUCAUGCCUUUUAAACAAGGAGCUACUUUUGAGACCAUUAUCUUGGUACUUUGUGAUGUUUUCAAAGUAGCAGUAAAUGGCGUUCACAUUUUGGAGUAUGAACACAGAAUUCCUCUUGAGAUGGUCGACACAUUUUCAGUCUCUGGAAAAGUAGAACUGCAUGCCAUUGGCUUUAUCCCUGACUCAGCAAUAUUUUCAAAAUCAGAUGACCAAAGCAUACCCUACAAGGGCAGUUUACUUAGAGGAGUCAUUCCAGGGCAGCAUAUAACAAUCAAAGGGCAUAUCAGCUUAUUCCCUCACAGUUUCACUGUUAACCUAAGGUGCAGCCAAUCAAACAACAUCGCCCUGCACCUUAACUCACACAUCAAAUCUGGCAUGCUUAUCAGGAACUCUCUUCUCAGCCAGUCAUGGGGGCCAGAGGAGCGUGAACUGCCAUACUUUCCCUUUUCAGCUGGAAGCUACUUUGAGAUGAUCAUCCUAUGUCAGCUUCAUCAGUUUAAGAUAGCAGUUAACGGAUCCCACCUGCUGGAUUACAAGCACAGAGUGCAGGACUUGACCUCCAUUGAUCAGCUGGAGAUUCUUGGUGACGUGGAACUGCAGAAUGUUCAAUUGUGGUGAGAUGUAAAACAACAGAAGGAUAUUUAGAUUGUUCCUCACUUUUCUUUACAGUGUUCCACAGCCAAUACAUGGUUUUAAACAGGGAUGCACGAUACCGGUAUAAGUAU